AUGCUAACUAGAUCCCGUCAUCUCCAUAAACUUUAUAGAUUAAUAAUGGGGGUAAAACGAGAUGCUGAGAAUUCAAUACCGAACAUUAAGGGUGUCGAAUCCGAGAGUGACUUUGAUGCUCACCUUAAAUCGGAAAUUGCGAGGGCUAAACAGAUUCAGAUAAGUAAGGAUAGAAAUAAGAAGAGGAAGUUGGAUGGUAAUGCGAUAAAGCGGGACAGUUCAGGAUUUAGAGUAAAAGCAGUUGAUGCCGGUAAGAAAAGAAACAUUCAAGUGGAUCCUGAUUAUGAAGUGUUGAUUGAAGGCCCUCUUAGAAAAAUAAAACCGUACUACUUUACUUAUAAGACAUUUUGUAAAGAAAGAUGGAGGGACAGAAAAUUAUUGGACGUAUUUGUGUCAGAGUUUCGGGAUCGUGAUGAGCAAUACUAUAGAAAGACAAUUGCCAAAGGAGACGUCUUCUUGAAUGAUACUCCUGCAAACCUAGAGAGUAUCAUUCGUAAUGGAGAUUUAAUAACACAUAAACUUCAUCGUCAUGAACCAGCAGUUACCUCAGAACCAGUCAAGACUGUGUUUGAAAAUGAAGAUAUAUUGGUCAUCGAUAAACCCUCUGGAGUUCCUGUUCAUCCUACCGGUAGAUACAGAUUCAAUUCAGUGACGAAAAUAUUGGAACGUGAUUUAAAAUACACAGUUCACCCUGUGAACAGAUUGGAUAGACUGACAAGUGGGUUAAUGUUUAUGGCAAAGACCCCGAAGGGGGCAGACGAAUUGGGAGAUCAAUUAAAGGCAAGAGAAGUUUCUAAAGAGUAUAUUGCAAGAGUAGUUGGUGAAUUCCCAAUUGAGGAAAUAGUUGUUGAUAAGCCUCUUAAGACGGUGGAUCCAAAAGUAGCACUGAACAGAACUUGCACCAUGGAAGAUGAGGGUGCCAGGCAUGCAAAGACAGUAUUUAAUAGAAUAAGUUAUGAUGGGAAAACUAGUAUUGUGAAAUGUAAACCUUUGACCGGGAGACAGCACCAGAUCCGUGUGCAUCUUCAAUAUCUUGGCCAUCCUAUCGCAAAUGACCCAAUCUAUUCCAAUGUUUCGAUAUGGGGAGAUUCUUUGGGUAAAGGGGGUAAUGCAGAUUAUGAGGAAGUGAGAAAAAAACUAUAUGACGUUGGCAGAACCGUUCCUGCACAGAGUUGGUUUUAUCCGGAAUCUGAAGGUGAAAUACUAAGAGAAGAGAAAUGCCCUGAAUGUGAAACUGACCUUUACACAGAUCCCAACCCUGCUGGACUUAUUUUAUGGUUGCAUUCGUAUCGUUAUGAAUCGAAACUGUCAAAUGAUGGAUCAGAUGAGAAGAAAUGGUCCUAUAGAACUCAAUUCCCAAAGUGGGCCCUCGAACCACAUAAGAAGUACAUGGAAUUGGCAAUUCAAGAGGCCCAGAAAUGUGGACCUACAACAACAGCAUUCAGUGUGGGAGCUGUUCUUGUCCAUGGGACGGAAAUAUUAAGCACAGGUUACUCAAGAGAACUGGAAGGAAAUACACAUGCAGAACAGUGCGCUAUGGAAAAAUAUUUUACCAAGACCGGAAAGAGAGAUCUUCCAGUUGGUACUGUUUUAUACACAACGAUGGAACCAUGCUCGUUUAGGUUGAGUGGCAAUGAACCAUGCGUACAGAGAAUUAUUGAUUUAGAUGGGAAGAUUCAAACUGUAUUUGUCGGUGUAAUGGAACCCGAUACUUUUGUCAAAAAUAAUACAAGUUUGUCCCUACUUGAAGACAAAAAUAUUAAUUAUAUUCAAAUCCCCGGAUAUGAGGAAGAAUGUACAAAGGCAGCUGUCAAGGGUCACCCUGAAGAAGCUGCGUAG